AUGCGUUUUCUAAGUAUUACUGGUAUUAUUCUGGUGGGCGCUUGUGGCUUAGUUGCCGGCUUUUAUAGUCAUCAUGGUGUUGCUGGUCAUGGUGGUUACGGUGGUCAUAGCAAAGAAGUUGGCUACUCGGUAGUUACAGAUCAUGGUCAUGGUGGUGGCCACGGUGCUGGUGGACAUCAUGGUGGUUAUGGCUGGGGUCAUGGUUCGGGUUAUUAUGGCGGACAUGGUGGUGGUCAUUCUCAGGCUAUUGUACACUAUGGUGGUCAUGGUGAUGGUCACUAUGGUGGUCAUUACGGUGGACUCUAUGGUGGUCAUGGUGAUGACAGCCACAGUUACUACGCUUAUCCCAAAUAUGACUUCAGUUAUGGCGUUAAGGAUACAAAAACUGGAGACAUUAAAAGUCAUUCAGAAUCACGAGAUGGUGGUCAUGUCAAGGGUAAGUUAUUGGCAUGCAUUUUUUUUUUAAAUUUUACAAAUCUUUAAAUGAAUUAAAUUUACAGGCAGCUAU